AUGCGCGAUCUGGAAGACGAUGCGCGAUCUGGAAGAUCUGCCAGGAGCGUCACCCCCGAAAAUGUGGAGAAAAUUCAUCAGCUUGUGCAUGAGGAUCGUUGGUCUGCUCUUGCAGGCAAUCCUUACGUCGAAUUGAACAUGCAGCUUCUCUCUGCUAAGUUUGUCCCCUACCUACUGACCACUGAGCAGAAAGGACAUCGCAUCAAAGUCUAUUAUGAUCUCCGUCAGCGUACCUCCGAUGAUCCAUCUUUUAUGUCGAGGAUCAUCCCCGGUGACGAGAGUUGGGUCUACGGGUACGGCCCUGAGAUGAAGCAGUAG